AUGCUUGCUGAAAUAGUUGGUCUGGCGCAGCUGGCCUUUCAAUUUGAUCUACACUUUGCUGCAAAACCAAUUUUAACCAUGAUGGUUACGAACGCGAUACUCGGCGGAGUAGCAGAUACUGUUGCCCAAAUCGUGUCUUCUGUACAAGCAAAGUCUCUUCGGAAGCCGCUGGAUUCUUCCAAAAAGGAUGGCAUCUCGAUAGAGAUUCAUGAUUUAAACGAAAAAGGCCCUCUUCCAAGUCAUCGAGGGGACCUUGUCGGUACCCAACUAGGCUUUGAUUUUGAGAGAUGGAUAAGAUUCAUGGCAUGGGGUUUAAUCAUGGCGCCAGUGUCAUUCUCGUGGUUUGAAUUUCUCUCUGAGAUCUUCCCCAUAACGCCGGAGAACAGAACUGGCCCUGCUUUGUUGCGUGUUCUUCUCGACCAAGUGGUUUUUUCCCCUAUCUCCUUGGCAAUCUUCUUCAUUUACAUGACACUGGCAGAAGGAGGCGGGAAAAAGGCAAUAGCCCGAAAGUUCAGUGUUGCCUAUGCUCCUGUUUUGUAA